GGAAUGAGUGGAGGCUGCGGUCGUAAUGGAGUUGUGCGCGUUUGUCUUCCUGUCACGGUGUAUGCGUGGAUGGUUCCUUGUCAUGGUACCUCGAAACAGGACGAUAGUAAAGCAUCAUGUUUGCCAUGGCAAUAUAGCCGCUUCGAGUAUGUGCACCACGCGUGCUGAAGCGAGCUCGCACUCCUCGGCGAUUCGACACGUCUUACGACGCAUUACAAAAGAAGGUAGCCAUGAGAGCGAAGGACACUGGCGGUCUCUGAGCAAUCCUCUCGACCUUGGUGCCGAGUACGACGCAGCUCCUCCGCACGCAGCGCAUACCUACAUUCCCCUCGCCGCCGAACCAUCCACAGCGACCAGAAAAUUCACUACGAGCCAUCACCAGAGAGGUGGGAUAGAUCUACAGAACAAGAUGAGGUUGAUGGGUAAGUCUACGGGCCGAAAGAGCACAAUAAAAUAGGAGGAGCGCAGAAGGAUCCGGACCGGACAAUACGGUGGUACAGAAUCUGUGGGUUAGCUGAAGGGAGGAGCGUUACAGCUUCUUGGUCACGACAAGGAUAACUUGGGACUAUUGGACAUCCAAUGUCCGACGGCAUCCUCGCGGGAGCUCCCAGGCACAGUCUGUAUCCUGGAGCAUUGUAGCCGAGUUCGCUCCUCGACAAAGUCAUAGCACAUUUCAGAUGCAGUAUCUUCCUCCUAGGAGAAACAUGCCACUGUAAUAAUUGAGGUUUCCUUACUGGACUAACUGUCUGAGCCGUGACAGGUCGGUCAUGCGGUAGGGGUAGGAUUGGUAGACUGGUGUACGUUCUCCAC